AUCUUACCAAAGUAAACAAAUCGAGAUUCUCUUUUCUACGAAUUAAUGCCUUCAAAAUCCUAAAAUUUUGGUUAGAAAUUUUAUUUUUUCAAAAAUCUCAAUAGUAAUACAAAGAACCAUAAAGUUCGUGUUUUAGUGAGCAUAUUGUGUUACUGGGAUAACUCACAAUGUCCAUUGGCGUUCCUAUCAAAGUUCUGCACGAAGCAGAGGGCCAUAUUGUUACUUGCGAGACAAUUACCGGCGAAGUAUAUAGGGGCAAACUGAUCGAAGCGGAAGAUAAUAUGAAUUGUCAAAUGACACAGCUAGCCGUGACCUAUCGUGAUGGCAGAACGGCUAAUUUAGAAAACGUAUAUAUUCGUGGAUCUAAAAUUCGUUUUCUAAUACUCCCUGAUAUGCUGAAAAAUGCUCCAAUGUUCAAGAAACAAGGAGCAAAGUCUGGUACGGCUGGACGAGGAAAAUCUGGAAUAUUGCGAGCUCAAGCGGCGCGUGGUCGUGGUCGGGGCAGUGGUGGAGGUGGAGGUGGAGGUGGAGGUGGCAAUGUAGGAAAUCGUCCCCCAGGAAAAGGAAAUUGGCAAGGACAAGGCCCAUCUGGUGGCAGAGGAAGAGGCGGAUUAUAGACAAGCCAACACAAAUCUGAAUUAUGAUAUAAGACAAUUUCAUUUCAUUUCGAUUCAUAUGUAAUAAACACUGAUAUAUGGUUUCCGAAGUUUUCACUACUGGAAAUAAUAAAUGAGACGAUAAAAUUGCACGGCAAAAUAAUUGCCGAGACUUACACCGCCGAGUAUUCGGUAAUUUGGCAAACGUCAGUUAUUACAGAAAUUGUCAGUAAAAAGUUUACUGAAUGUUCGGCAAAAGCAACGAAGUGAAAUUUAUGAAUUGCUGAGCCUGAGAAUUCGUUUUUUGCCUUUUUCUUUUUUGUAUAUGACAUAAGUAUGUGACAUUUGUUGCAUUUACUUUUCUCAGGGAUGGCUGAACC